CCUGUUUCUCCGACCCAAUACGCCAUUCUCUUCUCUCUUUCUUCAAAAUGUUUACAAAUCUUUUGUAGAGAGAGAGAGAGGGAUGAACACGAAGAAGAAGAUGAAGACAUAGUCACAGUUCUUUCCCAAAUAUCUCUCUCAUCAUCCCCAAAUUCUCUCUAUAACAACAUAAACCCUAACACACAAUUUCGUCAUCUCAAACUCUCUUUCUUAAUUUUGUUUGCUUUGCCCUAACAAUUAAACAAUUUUCCAUUGUUCGUUGUUCGAUCACCGCCGGUUCAAUUCCGGCAUGAUGGACCCAAAUCUUUGGCGUGCUUUUUCCGGUAAUUCUGCUCAUAUCCACACUGUCGGUUCUGAAGUUUACUAUUUCGUUCAAGGACAUCUUGAACAAGCUACUUACGUUCCGACACUUUCUCGGUCUGUUCUUUCUAACCCUACUACUAAAUGUAUCGUUUCUGCUGCUGAUUACACUGCGGAUCCACUUACUGAUGAGGUCUGUCUUAAGUUCAAUCUUAAUCCAAUUCCUCCUGGUCAGAGUGUGUCUCAAGUGGUUCAUCCAUUUAGUGGUGGUGAUGAUGGUAAUGGGCAGCGGAAUAGAAUUGAGAAGUUCGCUAAGGUUCUUACGUCAUCUGAUGCUAAUAAUGGCGGUGGAUUUUCUGUGCCGCGGUAUUGUGCCGAUUCUAUUUUUCCUCCGUUGAAUUAUCAGGUUGAACCGCCGGUACAGACUUUGGCGAUUACUGAUGUUCAUGGAGUUGUUUGGAAUUUUCGUCACAUUUACCGUGGGACGCCGAGGCGGCAUUUGCUUACUACUGGGUGGAGUAAGUUCGUGAAUCAUAAGAAGCUGAUUGCUGGUGAUGCUGUCAUUUUCGCCAGGAAUUCUAACGGGGAUAUGUUUGUUGGCAUUCGUCGAAGCUCUAAGAGCAUUGGGGGCGGUGAUUGCAGCAAAUGGAAUAGCCAGGUUGGUGGAGGAGGAAGGUGCAAUGUGGAGGAGAAACGUUCUGGAGAUAGAAGUCCUGCCGUUUUCACCCGGACUAAUAUUGGGAAGGUGCCGGCCGAGACUGUUGCUCAUGCUGCGGAGUUAGCCGCGGAAUUUAAGCCGUUCGAGGUGGUUUAUUAUCCUAGGACUGGUACGUCUGAAUUUGUUAUACCAGCUGAGAAAGUGAACAAUUCGUUGAAUUAUCAGUGGUAUCCUGGAAUAAGAGUGAAAAUGCCUGUGGAGACGGAGGAUUCUUUGAAGACGCAAUGGUAUCAAGGGACUGUAACCUCAGCAUCUGUUCCUGCUCACGGUCCUUGGAAGGGUUCUCCAUGGCGUAUGCUUGAGGUUACAUGGGAAGAAACUGAUGCUCUGCAGAGUGCUAAGUUUGUGAGCCCUUGGGAGGUUGAACUUGCUUCGCCCUCUCCUCCCAUACCCCCUCCUCUUCACUCAGCAAAGAAGUAUAGAGGUCCACAAAAAUCUGGGAUGGUGAAUAGUGAAGCUGAUCUGUUUUCACCUAUGAUGAGAUUCGGUGAUUCAACAAUGGGGCAAUUCAAUCAAUCAUUGUUGAGUUUUAACUCUUUUCCUGCUGGCAUGCAGGGAGCCAGGCAAAAUUUUUUCCGUGAAUCUGGGUCAUUCAAUGCAUAUAAUGAAAUUUCUCCACCAACAUCUGAUGAAAAUUCUAUGUUCAAGCUGAACACAGUGCCAAAGACACAAACGGUGUCUACUGAUCUCCAUAUUGGUAGUGUGCAAUCGGAUACCUUAUCACCUGAUAGUCAGGCUAGUGUUCUUUCCUUUGCCACAGGAACAGCUGAGAACCAGAGCUGCAACUCAACUAAAGCUGGAGUAAAUUCAUUCCAAUUGUUUGGUCAAAUCAUCUAUAUGAGUCCUCCUGUCGAAAAAGAAAUUGACAAUGGUGCUGACAGUGAUGAUGGUGACAAGAAGCGUAAACAGUGCAAUUGAUAAUGUCUUAGUAAAUGGUAGUUACAUCUUUGUCUUGCGUAGAAGCAGCUGUACAGGUACUUGAGCUAGGCAGGAAGCUGACGACAAUAUCAACAUCUGUAGCUGAUUGUUUUACUUUUAUCCUAUGGUAGUUUGUUUAGUCUGACCUCAAAAAGUCUAGACUCUUUGAAUUUUUAUUGACGUUUUUGUUUUGUUUUGUUUUUUUUUUCAUGUUCGACAUGACAAUGCUUUGGAUCUUGUUGAACCGUUUUAAUGUUUUUUCUAGUGUGGAAUUGAAUGGUUGAAACUUGAGAACUUGAGACA